UCCACCCCGCACGACUUGUCCUCCUUGACUGGCUUGGCUUGUUAGUGCUCACGCCCGUACCUGUACUUCAAGCCACCUGUCAGAAACAACACUCACAAAUUCAUACGCACAUCCACUUUCCAGCUAAUACACUACAUUGCUGAGGUGUUCUUUUGGAUAAUUAAGCAAGAGAAGGUUAUAAAAAUCAGUGACAAAGAAACGAGGGAAAGGUUCUGAUAAAAACCAUGGCAAGCGCAACUGAGGGAGAAAAAGCAACUGUAUUCCGCACGACCAAAGUCAGGGCCAAGCUGAAGGAAGAUGGUAGCUGGAUGAACCGCAACACUGAACCUGAGGAUCAACCUGCAGAAGAGAAGCCAUGGAUGGCAGAAUUAAGGGCCAGACGUCAGAAUGGAGAACCAACCAGUCCAGUGUCUUCACCCACUUCCACUGCACCACCCAAAUCUGACAAUCCAAAAUCGCCUUCCUCUGGUUUCAUGAUCAAGAAUGCUUUUAGCAAGCCUGUGUCAUCCUCCACAAGUACUUCCAAUGGCAUUAGUGGGAAAUCAGAACUCCCCCAAAGGCACUCGGAUGGCUACAAGAAAAUUGCUCCCCACACGGUGAAGCAAGCUACUGAUGAGGAGAGCAGGAUUAGUAGUGAGGAGCAGGUGAAACGCACGGCAGCAGCAAGCAAAGUCCUGAACAAAUCUGCGGCCAGACAGCGGUCUUAUGUGCUCUCUGCUGCUAAGAAAUUUGAGUCUCAAGCAGCUGAUGCUUCAGUGACUAGAGAAAGCACACCAUUUGUGGCUAAAAGGGUGGAGAUUGCGGAUGAUACUUCUACCAGAGCUCCACUCCCCUCCCCUGUCAUCCCCGUCACAUCUGUCGCAUCUCCACCACAACCACCUAAGACACAACACAUAGUCAACUCAAGUGUCAAGACAGCCGUUGUCACUGUUAAUGAGCCUCCAAAGGUGGAGGUGCCCCCUCCUGAGCUUGUGAGGGAGAACCAGAGUAAGGACCAACUUGAAGACACGAGACCAGACAGCACCAAGGUGGCCGCACCGCUCCCUGAAAUCAUCGCUGAUUAUCUUCAAGUUGUUUCCAUCCAUUCAGAAAAUGUUGAUGUCCCAGAAACUGAUGACUCUAAGCUUUUCUUAAUCAGUGAAGAACCAGAGCUUUCACACAACUCAAGCUCCAAAGUUGAAACGCUCACCGCCUUGUACGAAAACCUCAAUCCAAAUGACUCGAACUCAACCAGUUUCAAGGAUGACGAGCCAGGGCUGGCAACAGAAGAGGAAGUCUCAGUGGACGAUUACUUAGAGGAAAGUGAGGAAGUGGAUCCAACUCCAGAAUACAUCAGCAACCGUGAAGCAAAAACAGAGGAUCUCUUCAAUCUCAUUUCUAGCCCAGAAGAACCUGAACAGCCCAUUCCCCCCAGCCCAGUGCGUUUGAGUCGGGAUCUGCACACAGAAUUUGAAAGCAGCACAGAGACUGGCACUAUCACCACCGAAACUGUAACCAUUAUUGAGAACAGCAAGGAGCAUGACCCCUUGAGCUCACGUGUGACCACCACAGUGACUGAGUUCAGCUCGGCUGAUCCAUUUGAUCCGUACUCGAUAGGGACCACAUCCCCAAACAGCUCCUCUGACCUGCUGCAGCCCCUCUCGGAUAUUUCCAUCAACAGUUCAUCACAGAUUUUCGUGGAGAAGAACGAGCCAGAGAUCAUUAUGAACAAGGAUGCCCUGACAUCGCUUGCUGAUGAUGUCAUCCCCAUCGACACCACCGCCACAAGCCUCAGCACUCACAGGUCGUGGGCACGCACGUGGGAAACCACAACGCCUCUGCAGACCGACUCAGAAGAGAGCCAAGGAGUAGGCCAACAAGAGGAACAACAGACUCUGGUUAGGUUUGAGAGAAAGUCAAAAGAAAAUGACUCACCAUGGGAUAGGUGGACAUCCCCAUCUGUGUAUACUAUCCCUAAAACUCCUGUGGAAGAGGAUGAGGAUGAGGAAGUGGAGAGCCGAGAGGAGUCUUACAGGGAAACAGUUACAACCAUCACCACCAUCAGGGAGACCUUCGGCGAACAGGAGGGGCCGACAAUGGAUCGGACCGUGCUGGUAGAGGCUCCGCGUGUCCCCACACCAGAACCUGACACUAAAAAGCCCUUUGUGUACGUGAAGGAGUAUGUCAAUACCACAGAGCUGGCCAGCCAUAAUGCCACAGACUCAAUCAAUAGCUGGUCCUCUUCUUACUCCAGCUCUCUGUCCUCCCCUUGCACAUACUGUGGACAGCUGGUAGGCAACGAUGCCAAGAUCACCAUUGAGCACCUUAACAUUAGCUGUCACCCGGAAUGUUUCAAGUGUGCUUCAUGCUGGAAACCGAUGGGCGACCUCAUCGACAACAUGUUCCUGCACGGAGGCAAAGUCCACUGUGAAAGCUGCUACUCUGCAGCCUUCGAUUGAUCGCAGCGGUUCUUCAUUUGCAUUUAAAGUGAGAAGCGGCCUUCUUCCACCAAGUUUGGACUGCUUCAAAUGCAAGAAGGAUGGAGGUUUAGGGUGAGCCAAGAGACUGUAACGAGCAAUAAAAAUAAUUACUUCAGAUUCUUUUCACGCAAGACCAGAUUUUCAUUGGCCAAACAUGUUUGUGUUCUUCUUCCUGCUGGUGAAAGUGACUCAACUAUUUGUCGGCACAUCGGCUGCAAUUAAGCCCAUAUGUAAUUGUACCAUGAGGAAAUUUUGCAUUCGAAUUUGUUGAAUAGGUGUGUUUUAGCUUUAAUCCUUUAUAGGGCACUCAUUGAAAAAAUCAACUUAAAGUAUUGUAAUUCAUAACCAGAGUUUAUUUGUUUUGAUUCAUUUUGAAUUCAACAAAUAAACAAGAAUUGGCCUGGAAAUGCCCCAAAAUCCACAGGAAGUGACCCAGAAAUAUCCCCAAAUUAAUAGGAAGUGAGCUAAGCUAAGGUCCUAAAGUCAACGAGAAGUGACCCAAAAUUGUCCUAAAAUCAAUAGCAAGUGACACAGAAAUGUCCCCAAAUUACCUGGAAGUGACUCGAUAGCAACAGAAAGUUACACGGAAAUGCCUCAAAAAUCAACAGAAGGUGACCGAUACCACUAGAAAAUGCCCUAAAAAUCAAAAGUGACCCAAAAAUGCGCCAAAAUUAAUAGGAAGUGAGCUACUGUACAGAAGAAGUGAAUAGAAAGUUUCUAAAGUCAACAAGACGUAACCCAAAAAUGUCCGAAAAAUUAAUAAGAAGUGAGCUACUGUACAGAGGAAGUGACUAGAAAGUUUCUAAAGUCAACAAGAAGUGAUCCAAAAAUGUCCUAAAAUCAAUAGCAAAUUACACAGAAAUGCCCCAAAAUUAACUGGAACUGACUCGAUAGCAACAGAAAGUUACACGGAAAUGCCCCAAAAUCAACAGAAAGUGACUGAUAUCAAUAGAAAAUGCCCCUGAAAUCAAAAGAAAUGACCCAAAUAUCAAUGUCAACUAUUUUAAUUCAUUCAUUCAUUCAUUCAUUCAGUUUUAUUUUGAUUCAUUUUGAAUUCAACAAAUGGACAAGAAUUGGCCUGGAAAUGCCCCAAAAUCCACAGGAAGUGACCCAGAAAUGUCCCAAAAUUAAUAGGAAGUGAGCUACUGUACACAGGAAGAGACUAGAAAGUUCCUAAAGUCAACAAGAAGUGACCCAAAAUUGAAAAUCAAUCAAUCAAUCAAUUAAAUCAACAGCAAGUGACACAGAUAUGCCCCAAAAUUAACUGGAACUGACUCGAUACCAACUGAAAGUUACACGGAAAUGCCCCAAAAAUCAACAGAAGGUGACCGAUAUCAAUAGGAAAUGCCCCAAAAUCAAAAGAAGUGACCCAAAAAUGUCUGAAAAUUUAAUAGGACGUGAACUACUGUACAGAGGACGUGACUAGAAAGUUCCUAAAGUCAACAAGAAGUGACCCAAAAUUGUCCUAAAAUCAAUAGCAAGUGACACAGAAAUGCCCCAAAAUUAAUUGGAAGUGACCGAUAUCAAUAGGAAAUCCCGCAAAAUCAAAAGUGACCUAAAAAAUGUCCCAAAAUUAACAGAAAGUGACACAUAAACAUCCCAAGAUGGAUACGAAGUGAACUAAUGUAGACAGAAAGUGACUAUAAAUGUCCUUAAGUCCACAGGAAGUGACCUUAAAACAGUGGUUCUUAACCUGGGUUCGAUGAGUAAGUCUAAGGGGUUCGGCGAAGGUAAAGAAACUCAGAGCCCUAUUUUCGUACGCUGAUGAAAUCUGGGCAAAGUGGCUUUUUAGACCAGGUUUUGGACUGGUUUGCUACCAAUUUACUGGCUUGAUCCUUUUAACUCCUAGUCCUCAAUCGGAUGGGAGGAAGAAUUGGUUUGCUCAGUGGAAGAUUGAAUCGCACUUGCUAUGAGGGAAUACAACAACAGACCAACAGGCAGCGUGGUCUCAAAUUUUGACCUGUUUAUAAAACGUGCUGUCAAAAUGAGAGGGAUUUUGAAUGGGAAUUUGCUAAAUUAUUAGCUUGCUAGCUUAGAUAUAUCGGUUAUGAAUUUGAAAAUAAUUGCUUUAUUAUCCAAUUCUGAAGGGUUCGGGGAAUUCACGUGUGAAACUUGUGGGGUUCAGUACUUUUAGCAAGGUUAAGAACCUUAAAAUGUCCUAAAACUAAUAGCAAGUGACACCGAAAGGCCCUAAAAUUAACUGGAAGUGACUCAAUAACAACAGGAAGUUCACGGAAAUGUUCCAAAAUCGAUAGGAAGUAACUCAAAAUCAACAGGUAGUGAACUUACUGGACUUAAAUGACCAGCAUGGAAAGUCAUCCCACCCAGUUGUUCUAGGAACGGCAUUGAUUAUUCAUUUUAAAGAUUUUUUUUUUUUGAAUGACCAAAUAGAAUCACUUGCCCUAUAAAGGAUUAAAUGGCAAAAUGUCUUAGAGAUUCAUUGAUUUCAUUAUUUUUCCAAUUCCAAUUUAAACACAUUCUCAGUAGAUGCAAAUGUUGAACUAUUUUAGUGCCAUUGAUAAUGAUCUGUCAACUGCGGCUUUUUUUUUUUUUAAUUUAAAUUUUUAUCCUUUUGCUGUGAAUUUGAAUUAGUUUGUCACUAAGCAAUCCAGUUUAAAUGGAUUGCACAUCAGAUCUAUUAUUGUUAAUGGCAGCAAGUGAGAAUAAUUCAUUGGGAGAAAAAAACUCAACUUGUGCUUAACUCCAAACCCAAAUUCAAUAAUACAGAACUGCAGUUUUUGAGGAAAAUAUAUUUAUAUUUACUUAACUAUGACUUUGUUAUACAUUCUGAUUAGAAAAAAAAUGUUUGUUGCUUGUUCACAAAAUAAAACAUUCAUCCAGGUAUCAAAACGUAACAAAUAUAGUGUGCUGGUUUGCAUGUUGUACACACAAUUUUUUUAAAAAUUCAUUGCGCGUAUGUUAUUGUUAUACUAUUGGCAGCAACUGCUCGGUAAAAAUAAAACAGCAGUCAAAUGGAAUCCAAAGUUAUAUGUCUACCUAUAUAC